AUGGACGCGGUGUACCCGGCGGCGGCGUCGGCGCUGGCGCGCGGGCGGCGGCGGCGGCGCGGCGACCCGCGGCAGCGGCACCGCACCACGCCCGUCACCUUCGCCGAGAUCAAGGAAGUAGACGAAGACAACGAGGAGAAUGAAGAAGCGAGGGCGUCUAGUGUCGCGAGUGUCGCGAGCGUGGCGAGUGCGGCGAGCGCGGAGCGCCGGCGCCGCCCGGACCUGCUGGACGAGCGGCUCGGCCGGGAGUUCGCCGAGUUCCGGAGGCGCCGCGCGCGCCGCGACCCCUUCCGCGAGCUGGACGAGGUGCCGCCGCCCUCGCCGCCGGCCUCGCGCGCCGCCAGCGAGCCGCGCCCUGACCAGAUCGACCCCUCU